UAUUAUCGGACUGACCUAGUGAACAAAAAUAGGUUACUAGGUUGUGAUGCAAUUAUGUCAUUUCCUAUAUAUAGGACAUGUUUUUAUUCAAAAUGACAGUCUUACGCAAAACAUAACUAUGGUAUUCGUUAGGAUACUUUUUCUGGGUUUGAUAUCAACGCUUUGGCAGGUAUCUGAAAGCAGAUGCAUACUGCGUCCAGCCCCUGCCUGCGCCUGCGUCAGGCCCUGCCUGCGGCCGUAUGUACCUCGCGUCGUCUGCUCCUCGAGAUACGAGCGUGCUCUCGAGAACAUCAUCUCUGAGCUGAUACAGGCUUUAGUGGACACCAAUGUAGAAUCGGGCGAGUCUGGCGGUGCCGGCGGCGGGAGCGGUGGGACUGGGGGAGGCGGAUCUGGAGGGACUGGUGGGACUGGUGGGACUGGUGGGACUGGUGGGACUGGCGGUGGAUCUGGCGGGACAGGUGGUAGUGGCGGCGGUGGAUCUGGACCUACGACAGCACCACUAUUAGGUGUCGAUGUCCAGGCGCUCGGGCGCGAAGUUGUUGACUUGGAAGUGUUGCCUGACAGCAUUGUCAGCGGUGGUAGCGGUGGCGGAGCUGGAGGAUCUAGUGGGGGAUCUAGUGGGACUGGGACUGGCGGUGGUUCAAGUGGGUCUGGUUCUACGUUGUCACCGCUAGUAGGUGCCGCUGUCCAGGCGCUCGGGCUCGAUGUGCUUGACUUGCAAGUGCUGCCUGAAAGCAUUGUCGGCUAACGACACUACAGCAUCUUGUUUUUUAUCAAGAAGGGUCUGUGUUUGUUUAAAUUAAUGAGAUAGACGCUUGUUUGUGCAACGAUAACUUCUAUUUUAAUAAACCUAAUAAAUUGAACUUCUGAUUACAAACUGUA